CUGUACUCUCCUAAUGUGAGGCUAUAAUGUUUGAUUUUCACUUUCCUAGUCCCUUUUGUAUUGCGCGAUUAAUACUCUCUCCUUCCGCAUGUUACGGCACAAUGCCUCCCUAAGCAAGCGGAGAUGUCGACUAAGCGAUUCGGCCAUUUCUCGCGAGCGAGCCAGGUUCCUCCACUGAUUUCAUGGGCCAGUCAUAGAACUCUGAUGCCCGUGUUAAUGUUCGACGGACAGUCGCGCUUCAUCUCCGAAUCCUCGAUCGGCUUCCCCAGAGCUGCAGUCGUUCGAUGCGCAGGGAUUCAUGGUUGGUUUGACAUGUUGGCCAUCAAGGUUCGGGAAGAGAUCCAACGGAUCGUGAAUCCAGGGAUCGUUUACUCUCGCACGCUGCCUCCAUGGACUUGUCCAAGACUCACGGAUUUCCGAUAGAUGUUGUCGGUGAUGCUGCGAACUUUGAGGAACGGCAAUCUCCUGACGGGCGUGACAUUUUCAAUGUUGACUAGGGCUCUGUGCGACGUCAAUCUCACGAAACAAUUUCAUGUACUUGAACUUUUGGAUGAGUGAUGAUUUCUCAUAUUGCAUCAUACUUAGCCGUAGACAGAUUCUCGAACACAGGUCGAUUGCUUGUAUGGGCCGUAUAGGUACUCUGUAACCCCCAGAUUCUACUUGUCAUUUACGAGUGUACUGUUGUACUCUAUCUUCGAACCCCGUGUGUAGGUGUCAACUUCUGGAAAACUGGUGAGCUGCCGAGUUAGAGCUCUGAUUUGAAUUGAAACAGCUCCGAUCGUCAUGUGACGACGGUUAAAGAAGUGCAACCACGUGUUUGAGUCCCCCAAUAGUAAACACAAAGCGAUAGCCGAUGGGAG